AUGACUCUCAAUCCCAGUGUGAUUAUUCGUUUGUUCCUCGACUUGACGCUCGGCCAGACACGAAAGGCCUGUAGACUCGCAGCGAGGCGGCUCCUCUACAUGUGCCUUUCGUGCAGGUUACACAUGUCUACCUUGUUGUCGUAUCUGUCUCGAGCCUUGCAAGUAGGAGCGAGGAGUCCUCGCGGUGCUUCUCCACCAAGGCCGAAUAGAGACCACGACCUCAUUCCGUCGCAUUCCGAAGCUGUAAUUUCUUCUCUUGCACACAGGAUCCCUGCCCCUCAGACCUCCGCAGAAGAGAUCGCUCACGGCGCUUACGACAGUCGUAGCUCUCGAUCGAGCGCCGAAGACGUUAUCGUGCCUUCCCUCUGCCCUCCUCCUGCGGUGCACAUCGAUCACGAUCGUCCUGGCCUGCCAACUACUGCCAACAUCAUUCAUCGCACGCCUUCGAGAUAUAGAACGUUGGAUAUCAUUCUGGAUAACCGUGAAGAAAUUGAGAGAGAGGAUGGAGAUCGUUCCUGUGCCACUCCCGACUCGCGACCCCUUGAGUACAUUGGUAAUGGUUCUCUCACCCCAUGUUCUGGCAACAAGACAGUGGCUUCCCCAUUCGUUGAAUCGGAUAAGGCUGAGAAGGCUCUCGAAAUUUCUGUGAAAGCGAUCCACCCAGGAAAUGUACGACGAUGGGACCGAGACGUUUACAUUGCGGCUUACAGCGCAAAGAAUGCACCGAAAAAGAAUGAAUGUACCGUACUCAGUCCUUUCUCCAGGUUCUUCCAUCCUACCGAGAACAAAACUGAAUGGAUAUCCUAUGUGAAUCCGGACGGAUCCAGAUAUUUCUUCAAUGAGGAUAAGCGUGUCUACACGGACGCGGAUCCUGGUGAACCGGACUCCCAAAAAUAUCAAGGAAUUAUCUGCGCUAUUCAAGAGAUCGAUCGCAUCGCGGGAUCCUCUGACGUGUCAUUUCGGAAUCACGAUCUCGUUCUUGAAUUGCUCGAUGAAGAAGACGGAAAGCAAGACUGGGGUUAUUAUUUCGCUGAUCACCAGCAUGGCAUCAUAUUUUGGCCAAAGAGCUUCGACAUCGAGGACGCUGUCAUUGAACUUGGAUUCAACCCACCAGACGCGGUUCUAAAGCACGAACUGCAAACUUGGUAUUGGUCUCAUUGUUCCCUUUUCCCUCGUGCUGCAAAAUUCACGCGGGCCAACGUUGAGGAAGUCUGCAUUGAACUUAGGAACGGGAUACUUGGUAGCUUUCCCCUCUCCUCUCCCAUUCCACUCAAGCUUAUGCAACUACGGCUAGAUCAGAUGCUGUCCUCUGCAUCACUUGCGCCGUAUUCGAUUGACAACUCCAAGACAAUGUUAGAAACGUUGACGUACUGGAGAGAUGUAUCAACGUUUGACGAUGGCAUGGUCAUAUACGUUACCCAUGCAAGGUUUCUUAACUGCCAUGGGGAAAUAGGCGCGCGGUUGGAUCCAAGUCGGUCGCUGUACGGCCCACGUCGCGAAAAGCAUACUUGGCCAUUUCGUGUGCUAUCUUUACUUCUUUUCAAGAGGACAGAGGACUGUUUUCGUACGCUCAGUUCAGUCACGAUGGACAACAUCUUGGCUCAGUCUACUUGGACUCCAUUUAUUGCCAACGAACGAACUCAUUGGGAUGAUGUUAAUCGCCAAUGCAUGCAGCUUCUGGCGGGAAACAUCGCAUUUCUUGCUGUCCCAUCGGUCAUAGAGGCCAUCAACAACAAUAACUCAAACAGUCUGAUCUCCAACUUUGCAGUCCAGUCUGCAUCGAAUAUCACCGGAAAUUCCUUCUUUCCGCAGUGGACACCUGCUCAAAUACUGAGCGCUUUAUCAACGUUUUCCGUAAUAACAUCUGUAGCGUAUGGAUUCUUGCUGAGAGAGCUAUAUCGACCUGGCUUCCGGACGGACCUAGGACAAUUGGUGAGCAUAGCAUACGUCAAGCCCAUACCUUUGAACUGA